AUGAGCGACUCUCAGCAACUCCAGUCAGACCUCUGGCUGACUGUUGAAACCGCAUACAAUGGCCUUGCAGAGAUUUGUGCUCAAACUUCUCCAAAGAAGCGACGUCUGAACGAUGGCGAAAGCUUACCCAUCAAAAAGACGACAUCGGACACGGAUUCUAACUUGUCCGAAGUCCCCGAGACUUUCGGAGACCUGACACCUUGGCUCUCGCCAGUUCAGAAGCCUGAUCAAACAGCAGAUAUGGCAAUCCGAGAUGCGGCUCCCGUUAUGCCCACGGUGGCACAAGAAGACUUGGGGACCGAGCAUGCUUUUCGAGCGUCGACCGACAACUCCGAUGCCACCACUGAGAUCGAUGAUGCCAUUAAGCAUGAUGGCGUAAGCCCGCCCUCUGACCAGCUUGUAGCUACAAAAGAGCACUUUGUAGACCCAGAUGCCCCGCUAGUGUGCUAUGAAUUGUCUGAGAAGACCGGACUCUUUGAGAUUAAAGAGACACCCAUCAAGUCUUUUCAAUUGUCAAACUUCGUGACAUGGACCCCAUCACGUGUGAAGGGAACAUGGAGAAUCCAGAAAUACCGAGGACCUGCCGAGUUUUUCCCUGCUCAUCUUCUCACAGUGCUUGAAGAAUGGCACCAAGAAUAUCCUCUUGAAGCGCCCCCCUGUCAAUGGAAAGGGCGAAGCGAGGGAGCGCAAUGGGUAAACUUCAAGAUUUUCGACCACGAUGGUGACGAACAUGACAUUUCUAUCUUCAAGGUCACUAUCAGCCACCCGAAGGCAAGGAAAUACAACAUGACGAUCCUCCACUCCGAGAAUGCCCCAGAGGUGUUUGUUGAUUGCGCCAUGCAGUGUCGUCCCAUGAACUUUAAAGUGUCUGGUUGUCAGUGCCAGUACGUCUUUGCCUGGCUCGGCCUCAUAGAGGGAUACGAGAAUGACAGUUGCGCCAUUCGAGUCUGGGGCCCAGAAGGAACCGAUAUCGAUUUCAAAUCCAGAUGGUUUGGCCCCGACCAAGGCAAGCGCGCGAAGUCUGUAAAGACCGAUAAACAUCCCAACCCAGCCACACCCAUCAAAGGCCCAUCACGUCGCUCUGCGAAGCUGUACAACUCAGACUCUGAUACUAUGCCUACUCCCUACUCCCUGAAGCAACGAGUCGAGUACGACUCGGAUGAGGAGGGUGUUGUUGCCCACGAUCCCGUCCGCAAAAUCCUGUUUUCACCCCCAUCGAUCCGCUUUAAAUUACUUUCGGAGAAUUCGCCGAAUGUUCGUAUUUUCUCUUUCAACGAGCAGAUGGACAGCGGACAGAUUUUCAAGAAAGCCCGCGAAUUCUACCAGGACAUCAAGGCACCGAGUGAGAUGGCCCUUCUAUGCAAAGUUCCUGGACAGCAAGAGCUUCGGUACAUCGGAGAAGGAUGUGACGACGAGUUUGAUAUUCUUUGUGACGAUAUUAAGAGACUUUCUCUACACGAAGGUGAUGUUCGAGUUAUCGAAGUGAAGCCUGCGUGA